CACGAGCGAAGUUUAGUAUCAAGUUGAGAGUUUGUUUGGAGCGUAGUUUACGGAGCGUACAUUUAAAUUUGCGGACAAAUCGUGUUUUGGUGCUUCUCUGUGGAUUGUUGUGUUCUUGAAGAUGCUUCCCUUGGUUUUCGGAUAAGCUUUCCAGCGUGGUUUCAGCCUCGGCUUGUUUGGACCCCGACAUAAUCUUCGAACUACAAUGAAGAGGAAAUUUUGAAACGCGUUUCAGACGCGUACAAUCGACAAAAUGUUUGGUUUCCAAUUGAUCUUGCAAUGUAGCUACAUGGUGGUGAAGAUCUUGGUUUGGUCGAUAUGUCUGAUAGCGCUGUGUCAUGCUUGGAUGCCGGAUAGUUCUUCCAAAUUAAUAAACCAUUUUAAAUCAGUUGAAAGUAAAAGCUUUACCGGGAACGCCACGUUCCCUGAUCACUUUAUUGUCUUGAAUCAAGACGAAACUUCGAUAUUAGUAGGCGGUAGAAAUAGGGUUUACAAUUUAAGUAUAUUCGACCUCAGUGAGCGUAAAGGGGGGCGAAUCGACUGGCCAUCGUCCGAUGCACAUGGCCAGUUGUGUAUAUUGAAAGGGAAAACGGACGACGACUGCCAAAAUUACAUUAGAAUACUGUACUCUUCAGAACCGGGGAAAUUAGUUAUUUGCGGGACCAAUUCGUACAAACCCCUCUGUCGGACGUACGCAUUUAAGGAGGGAAAGUACCUGGUUGAGAAAGAAGUAGAAGGGAUAGGCUUGUGUCCAUACAAUCCGGAACACAACAGCACAUCUGUCUCCUACAAUGGCCAAUUAUUUUCAGCGACGGUCGCCGACUUUUCCGGGGGCGACCCUCUCAUAUACAGGGAGCCCCAGCGCACCGAACUCUCAGAUCUCAAACAACUGAACGCACCGAAUUUCGUAAACUCGGUGGCCUAUGGCGACUACAUAUUCUUCUUCUACCGUGAAACCGCCGUCGAGUACAUGAACUGCGGAAAAGUCAUCUACUCGCGGGUCGCCAGGGUGUGCAAGGACGACAAAGGGGGCCCUCACCAGUCACGCGACCGCUGGACGUCGUUCCUCAAAGCACGUCUCAAUUGUUCAAUUCCCGGCGAGUACCCCUUUUACUUUGAUGAAAUCCAAUCAACAAGUGAUAUAGUCGAGGGUCGGUACAAUUCCGACGACAGCAAAAAGAUCAUUUAUGGAAUCCUCACAACUCCAGUUAAUGCCAUCGGCGGCUCGGCCAUUUGCGCGUAUCAAAUGGCCGACAUCUUGCGCGUGUUUGAAGGGAGCUUCAAGCACCAAGAGACGAUCAACUCGAACUGGCUCCCCGUGCCCCAGAACCUAGUCCCUGAACCCAGGCCCGGGCAGUGCGUACGCGACAGCAGGAUCCUGCCCGACAAGAACGUCAACUUUAUUAAGACCCACUCUUUGAUGGAGGACGCCGUUCCGGCUCUUUUCGGAAAACCAGUUCUGGUCCGAGUGAGUCUGCAGUAUCGGUUUACAGCCAUAACAGUGGAUCCACAAGUGAAAACAAUCAAUAAUCAGUAUCUCGAUGUUUUGUAUAUCGGAACAGAUGAUGGGAAGGUACUAAAAGCUGUUAAUAUACCAAACGCGGACACCGCUAAAGCGAUUGUUAUAUCGGAAAAUACCGUACUACCGCACGGAGCUCCCGUAAAACAGCUGAAGAUCGCUCCCGGUUAUGGCAAAGUUGUGGUGGUCGGGAAAGACGAAAUCAGACUUGCUAAUCUCAACCAUUGUGCAAGCAAAACGCGGUGCAAGGACUGUGUGGAACUGCAAGACCCACAUUGCGCCUGGGACGCCAAACAAAACCUGUGUGUCAGCAUUGACACCGUCACUUCGUAUCGCUUCCUGAUCCAGGACGUAGUUCGCGGCGACGACAACAAAUGUUGGUCGCCGCAAACAGACAAAAAGACUGUGAUUAAGAAUAAGCCCAGCGAGGUUGAGAACGAGAUUACGAACUCCAUUGACGAAAAGGAUCUCGAUUCAAGCGAUCCGCUCAUCAAAACUGGUCUCGAUGACGAUUCCGAUUGUGAUCCAGUCAGCGAGAACAGCAUAGGCGGAUGCGCCGUCCGCCAGCAACUUGUUAUAUACACAGCUGGGACUCUACACAUUGUCGUGGUCGUCGUCAGCAUCGUGGGUUUAUUUCUUGGCUUUAUAGCGGGUUAUCUGUUUUCGCAAAAAUUUCACUCGCAUUCGCAAUAUCCUGAGGCGCCGUUUAUAGAGCAGCACAAUCAUUUGGAAAGAUUAAGCGCCAACCAGACGGGGUAUUUGACUCCGAGGGCCAAUAAAGCGGUCAAUUUGGUGGUGAACGUGUCGAGUAGCACGCCGCCGCCGAAAAAGGACAAUCUCGAUGUCAGCAAAGACUUGAACAUUGCGAGUGACGGGACUUUGCAAAAAAUCAAGAAGACUUACAUUUAAGUGCGACUUUUUACUACGUGAAUGUACCUGUGGUGAUGGAGGGAGGCCAUUCCUUGAUGUUCUGGCAGCAACUCACGCUCAAUGCUAACGACGUAAAGUUUUAUUUACGUUUUUAAAUGUUUUAUUCGUAAUUUUAUGUAUGAUGACUGUGGAACAAAUGUGUUUUUGUGAUACUCACUAGAGGCGUAUGACCUAACUUACACGAUAAUGGAUCAUGUUUUUUACAGUAUUGUCAAGUAUUAAAAGUAGCCGGAAGUGAAAUUUUUAUAUCGAAAAAUCAAUACCUUAAGAUACACUUGUGUAACGUUGUCUCUGUUAUAUUCUGUUGCUAAUUUUAGAUUUACGAAGCGCUAUUGUAAAUAACUAGGUCGUAUAGGUGAUGUUAAUUUAAGUUUUAAAAUUAUGAAAUUAUUUCAAUCUGUUUGGCUGUGAACUGUAGGUCUAAAAAGUAUAUCAUGUUGCCUUUUAUAGUGCCUAUUUUCUUUAUUUGGCAGUCACACAGAGGGAAAAUCUGCAAUUUUUAGUAAAUACGAAAUGUACAAAUUUUAGAGUUAAGUGAAAAGAGACUAUUACAUUCCUUAGCUUAUGUAUAUUUGUAUCAUCUGUUUAAGCGAAUAAAUAAUAAACAAA